CCCUCUCCAUCCUCCCCCUCAGCUCCCUGCCCUUUCCCGGUAGUCGUCCCGGUCCUGGUCCAUGUCGCGGUCGGGGGGCGAUGGCACCGCCGCGCUGGAGCGGGCCGGGGCAGAGACGGUGAAGCGGGCGGUGGAGCUGGACGUGGCAUCCCGGUUCCAGGAGUCGCUGGUGUGUUACCAGGAGGGCAUCGAUCUCCUGCUGCAGGUGGUGAAAGCCACGAAGGAUGAGGCAAAAAAGCACCGCUACCGGCAGAAGAUCUCCGAGUACAUGACCAGAGCCGAAGACAUUAAAAAACACAUCGAGAAAGAGAAACAAGAUGGCAAAUACCAUAAGCAAAUCAGGAUAGAGGAAAAUGCAACGGGUUUUGGCUACGAAAAGCUUUUCCAUGAGUACCUUACUGAGGUUGUUUCUGAGGUUUGGGUGGAGGACCCGUACAUUAGGCACGUUCACCAGUUGUAUAACUUUCUACGAUUCUGUGAGAUGCUAAUUAAGGGGCCGUGCAAAGUGAAAACAAUCCACCUCCUCACUUCCUAUGAUGAGGGUAGUGGGAGGAGUCAGCAGAUGAGUGGAUUGGAAGAAAUACAAGAGUCAUUAAGGAAUUAUGGAGUAACACUGAAUAUUGAAUUUUCGUCUUCAAUACAUGAUCGAGAAAUCAGAUUCAACAAUGGAUGGAUGAUUAAGAUUGGAAGGGGUCUUGAUUAUUUUAAGAAACCACAGGGUCGUUUCAGCAUCGGAUACUGUGACUUUGACUUGCGACCUUGUCAUGAAACAACAGUGGAUGUCUUUCACACUAAACACACAAAGAAAAUGUAAUCAGAUAUGACUGCUUUUAAUAAGUGUUUUCAUAAGCAUAAAAAUGUAAGACUGGAAGACGUUGCUUGAGUCCAGCUGUCCACCCUCAGAAGCAACUUUUUCAAGUACUUAGUGCAGCAUAGCUUUUAUAAUCUAUAGGUUUAAGAAUACUUGAGGCUUUUCAGUCUGAGAAAACACAACUGUAAAUUCCUUCACUGUACUUCUUCUGUGAUCUUAAUUAAUACAAUCCAUGUUUAAAUUUUAUCUUGAUUUUGUAACAGACCCUCAAUAUUGUCUUUCAAAGGCCUCUUUACUGUCAUUUCUAUUUUUACUACUGAUUUUGUCUGGAGCCAAUUUUGGGGCUUAUGUCUGUAAUUGACCACCUCAGAAACACUGGAAGCUGGGCUGCCACGUGUCCUCUUUUAUAAGCAGUCUUAUUUACUUCCUUUAAUUCCUGUAUUCUAGUCAUGACUACUAUUCUAGUGGGUUUUAGUCAAUCUCGUAAUACCUUAUUUCACAGACUUUACUGGUAACCCCAAAUUUAACAUUCCAUUUUCCAAGCCUCUUGCCUACAAGAGUUUUAGUGUUCAGUAUACAGUCAUUUUAGGGUUGUCUUACGUGUCUCUGCAUGAUGGAUUUUGGACUAGGAAGGCUGAAAACAGCUGUAUUCUCUUCCCUGUCACUCCUAUAUGUUCUUUUAUUCCAUGAUGUAUGGUCAUAUACCUGAUUUCCAUCCUUUGCAUUAGGUGUGGAAAGGAUGUAUGAUCUUCUCCCAGUCUUAUUCUCUGACUUUAAAGUCCAAUGACUGGCUACUCAUGCCAGUCUCAACUGCAUUUUUCCCUACUACUAUAGUAGUCCCCUAAAAAAACCAAAAUUUAUUUUUAAGUUCUUCCAAAAGUUGGAUACCCUGAAUAGCUCAGUUCGUCAGAGCAUGGUGUUAAUAACACACUGUGGGUUCAAUCCCUGUACAGGCCAUUCACUGAAGAGCUGGGUUUGAUGAUCCUUGUGGGUCAGAGUAUUCUGUGAUUCUAAGGAAUAUGCUAUUUGGAGUAAAGACAAAGGCUUUCCUUGUCAUUCCUUCAUCCUUUGGAAACCAGAAGGUAUUACCUGAGCUGCUGCUUCUUUUUUUUCUUAAACAAGAGUUCUUUCUUAGCAAGAAUUCACCAAAGUCAUGUAUUCUGACAUGAAAAACAGGCAGUGGCCUCUUUUGCAGGUCCCAUCAAAAUCUUUUUAGCCUCAGGACUGAUAGGUGCCUUAUGCUUUCUGCUCCUGUAAUACAGUAGGCCUCUGUAUCCUAGUAGCAUGUUUAUAGAUGUAUUCUAUUAUACUUUUCUUUCCUUAAUGUGCUUUAUUAUUUUAUUUUCUAUCAUCUAAUGCUGCUAUUCUUUCCCUCUUGCCUAUAACAACAAAUCUGUUCCACAGAAAUCAAGAAGAAAUGGAGCUGGUCUUUACCUUAUUUUCUGGGUCACAAUUUGCCAGUGAUUUGCCUUCUUUAUCCUUUCUCAUAGUAAUGUCUCAGCUUUGGAGUGUCACAUCAGCAAAAUGAGUAAUAUAUGUGCCACAGAGCUGUGUGCUACUAGUUGUUCCCCCAGACAUUCCAUAGAAGCUCCUGGGCUUGCUGCUGUGAUACUACUUUUCUAGUCACUGUUGUGAAUUUUAUUCACUUGUGUAUAAUAUAUGCCUAUUUUUAAUGGGAAUAAAAAAUAUUUUUUAUUAUUUGUAGUUUUAGUCAUCUGUUUGGCUUCUUCGCUGCACAGAGUAAUUCAAGGAAGCUGGGUAAUGCCUCGUGGAUCCAGCUGUGUUUGGGAGAAGGCUCACUGUAAAUACAGUAAGCUGCCCAAAUGGGAAGCUUUGUGUCUUUUAACCCAGUUCAGCAAUUUUAAACAUACAGAGGCAAAAUAAGGAGCUUUUUCUUCUAAUUCAACUAUAAUUCACUAGCUAAGACUACAGCUUUCCUUGCAGAUCCCACGGAUAUGCAGUAUCUGUACACAUGUACAAGUAAGCCUUUAGUGACGUACCACUUGGUGCUGCACUGCAAUUUUUACUUAUAAGCCCUUUAUCGCUGAACAGUUCCUUGUGCUGUCAGUAGGAACACCAUGUGUGAAGAGCAGUGGGCAUCAAGGAAUGGAAAAAACCCAACAAACUACCAGAGAAAUCUGAGAGUACAGUUCUGAAAAAGACUCCAAGCCAUAUUCUUCUGUAUUGCUGCUCACACUGAUGCAGUCAGAUCAUCACCUGGAUUGUGCAGCCAGAACUGUCCCCCCUGGCAUCAUCUGUGGAGAUGAACUUAAGCCACCUUCCCUGCUGGGCUCGGCCGAGUGUCACUCAGCCCUAGCACCAGUCCCAGCUGAUGGCUGGAUUCACCCCCAUAUACU